AUGCAUUUUUACAAUAACACAAAGCUGGAUAAUGCGGACAGGACGCUUCAAAAAGAGACGGAAGAGACGUUCGUCUGGUCGCGGCUCCCGGAACUGAUCUUGACGCAGGUGUUCUCGCUGCUCAGUCGAGAGGACAGAGCUAGCGCCGGUCAAGUAUGCCUGCACUGGAACCGAUGCCUCGACUCGGCCUGCCUCUGGCGGCGCUGCAGCAUCUACAUCGAUUGCGAUCUCAGCCUGGACUACAGUGUCGCCAGUGAGAUGACCCUGAGGUACGGCGAGCACAUGCGCGUCCUCGAGCUGGCCUGGUCGAAGCCCUACGUGACACCGCGAAACACGUCCCGCCGUCAGCGCUACAGCAGGAGCAAGAAGAACGGCGCUUGCAGCGCCCAAGUGGAGGCCGGCGUUAACUUCCUCGAAUUGGUCCUGACCAAAGAGGCACAGCUGAGGGAACUGCUGCUCACCAACUGGCUCUACAGCGGCAAGUGGGGCAACUGCGCCAAGUUGCUCUACGGCCUUGCCAACCUUCUUGCGUUAAACCUGGAGAAGCUGAGUCUGCUGGACGCGAAUCUGGCGCAGAGCGACGUCCUGCGGCUCUUGGCUAUUGUGGCUAGGUUAGCCGGGGGGAGACUGGAGACACUCGAUCUGCGAGGGGCCUUUCGGGAGUGGCAGGCACCGCUGAACAGCGCGAGAUUCCUGCGUCUACUCGGCCGAUUCAGCAGUCUGGCGUACCUUAGCUUCGACUACCCGGCACUUUCGGACGGCGCUCUGGCUGCACUGGCGUCAGGCGCAGCGCCUUCGUUGCGCUUACUCCACGUCGCGGUGCAGGAAUCCGACUCCCGGCAGCAUCGGCUUUCCGACAACGCCUGGCGAGAGCUCGCGGACGUCUGCCCGAGGCUCGGCGUCGCUUACACCAUAUACUUGGUUUUGGAAGUAGUGAAUCUGUCGGACCACGAGGAUCUGUGCUUCCUACUGCUGCCCAGUGUGCCGCUCGCCAGGUUUCGCAUGUACGCCAGCCAUGUUUGGGACCAGAACCGCACCCGUAACUUCCGCGGCACCGUCGGCCUCCUCAUCGCACACUACACCAAUACUCUCGAGGAAGUCAAACUGCACCUGAUCUACAAUAAGGAGAAGAUGGACGAUCUGAUAGUGUCCCUGCUGACAUCAUGCAAGCAGCUGGAGAACAUUCAUUACGAGGGUAUCCUGCGGGAUUUCGAGACGCUUCGUGACGUCUGUCAACUGCAGUUGGACAGCAAGACGCGCUGGUAUAACAAGAUCCACUUGAAGCCGCAAAAUGCGAACAUGCAUAACAGAGCCUUGAUACAAGACAUCGGCCGUCAGUACAACCGUAAGCUCCUCCAGCGAGGCGUGGAUUUUCGCAUCGAGAGUUUCGUCUAG